AAUUGACAUGGCAUUAAAAACUUGGUGCAUGAAGAAAGGGUUCUCCUAUUCUUGUCUAUUUACAAUUAGGAGACACCUGUUCUCAGCUCAAACAAUCCAGAAACAUUAUCAGUCAAAGUCCAAAAUAUGUUGUCAUACAAAAAUUCUCAGUGGAAAACUGAAUCUCCAGAUUAUCAGCCACAAUGGAAUCUGCUCAGAUUCUGAUGUUCAAAAUAUAUCAGACAAUAGUGUUGAAGAUUUAUGUGACAGUCGAAGUCCUAAAUCUGUUGAAGACUCAUCAGAGGAGGCUAAACAUAUACCAGUGAUGGUUAAGAAGGUUAUUGAAGUUCUGAAUCCUGGACAAGGAGAGUUAUUUAUCGACAUGACCUUUGGAGCUGGGGGACAUACAAAGGCUAUUUUGACAGAGAACCCUGAAGCCCGAGUGGUAUGUGUGGACAGAGACCCCGUGGCCUUCAGCUAUGCUCAGGAACUGGCCAAAUCUUACAAGCCAGGUCAGGUGCUACCUUCUUUGGGAAAGUUCUCUGAGGUACCACAAAUACUUUACCAACUCGGAAUAACCCCUGGAUCAGUGGAUGGGAUUCUCUUUGAUGUGGGGGCUUCCUCCAUGCAGUACGACCAAAGUAGUCGAGGGUUUUCCCUCAGCAGAGAUAGCCCACUGGAUAUGAGGAUGGAUCAAGGAAGAGAUCCAGAUGGUAUAACUGCAAUGGAUGUGGUCAAUCACCUCUCUGUGCAGGAACUGAGAGACAUUAUAAAGAAAUACGGAGAGGACUACAUGGCUAAUCAAAUCGCCUAUGCCAUUGUAGAGGCCCGCUAUGUCAUGGGAAAAAUAACUACCACCAAACAGCUGGCAGAAAUCAUUGAAAAUGUUUUUGAAGAGAAAAUCAUGAGGGACAAAUUAAAUCGGAAGAGCCAUGUUGCCACUCGGACAUUUCAAGCUUUAAGGAUUUUUGUUAAUAAUGAAUUAAAUGAAAUCAACAAUGGAUUAGAAAUAGCAUAUCACUAUCUAAAACCAGGAGGUGUUUGUGUUGGAAUUUCAUUUCACUCUCUAGAAGAUCGCAUCUUCAAGAGGCAUUUCCACGGCAUUGAGAUGGAUGAGGCUAAAAACUUGUCAGUGAAGCAGAAAUCACGGAUGAUGAGAGACCACCACCAGAAGUACGACAAGGAACUGAUACAGAUCAUCCUAAAGAGAAGAUGGAUUCCGGUCAGUAAGAAGGUCAUGACCCCUGAGGAGGAAGAGAUUCUGAAGAAUCCCAGGAGUCGAUCAGCCAAACUUAGGGCUGCUAUAAAAUCUACAGAUGUAUAAGUACUAAGUCUGUGAGAGCUGAUACUAGAAUCUGAACUUGUGUGUACACUUUUAUUUAGGAAUUCUCAGUCUUUAUUUCCAUUAAUUGGUUGAGUUUUUUUCCCAGUCUGUUGUUGGUGACUGUAAAAAUCAUGAUUUUUGUAACCUGCAUAUUAGGAAUCAAGAUUUGAUUGAAUUGGAUUAGUUGUUUUAGAAGGAAAAAGAUAUAUGUAAAUGCAUUGUAUUUUGUUUAAUUUCUUCAAUUUUAGUAAUAAUCUCAUAACAAU